AUGACUGAUGGUGGACAUGAGAUGGUUGUGGACCUGGAUAAACAUACUUGUGCCUCCAGAAAAUACCAACUCACUGGACUACCUUGCUACCAUGCAUGUGCAUGUAUUAAGUGGAGGAACUUGAAUUUGUCUGACCAUAUCCAUAAGAAAUAUACUAUAGCCAUGUUCCUGUCAUGCUAUUCUCACACAAUUGAACCAAUCAACAGUGAGCAGUUUUGGGAAGAAACUGGUGCAGCUCCAAUUUUACCUCCGAUAGUUAAGAUAGCUCCAGGCAGACCAAAGAAAAAAAGGGACUGCAGAAAUGAUGUUAAAGCAGAUAAUCCCAAUGCAACAAAGCUGGUUAGGAGGAAGACUACGUUGAAAUGCACCAACUCUGGAGAAGAAAAACACAAUGCUAGGAGUUGUAAAGCUAGGAAAUUGGAGAAGGAUAAAGAAAGGACUGAAGUAGGUGGUGGUGCAUCUAAGAGACCAUCCAAGAAGAGUAAUGCUGCCUCAAAAGGCACAAAUGAUUAG